AUGGCCCAAAUCAAGUUCGUCCUGUGCUUUGUCAUCCUUGCACUGACCUUGCUCCUAGAAUUUUCAUCCAUUGAGGGACGACAUUUGAAGUCUGAAGGCAGCGAAAAGUUUGCCAAGCGUGAGGUCGACGACCUUGGGCAUGGAAAAGAACUGUCAACUGCGAAUGCUGUCGCCGUGAUAGACGUGCCUCCACCGUCGCCGCCCUCUGAGGGUCGUCACGUCUCUGAUUUCAGACCCACGAACCCCGGUCACAGCCCCGGCGUAGGACACUCCGUUCACAACUAA